AUGCAACAUUGUCUUCACACACGCCAAUGCAAGUCACUCAUUUAUAAGCUCACAAAUCGCCUAGAAGUGAAGCUGGACCCAGAUACUUGGUCGGGACAACCUUACGUCAUCCUCCGCAUCACUCUUAACAGCUGCCACCCUAACACAGCGUCUUCCUCGCUGGGCGCAGUCAUGGAGCCCCCCAUCUUCUGUGGCCAAGAGCUCACUGGCCCUCCUCAGAGUCAUGGUACGGACACAGGAUCCCAGUCGCUCCACACCCAAUCAGAUGCAGGUAGCUUCUUUGACAUGAAGAUAACAGAUGACGACCAGAUCUCCUUCAUCACCCUCUCGAGGAUCCUCUCAAAGACAUCCAGCUUCUCGUCCGUUAAGAAGGGCUUUCUCACCAAUGCCUUUGGACUCUUCAAGCCGCUCACCAAGAAGUACAAGAAGGAUGGUGAGAUACACCACGUACUUCACUCACCAAGAUGCACUGAUAGUGCAGACAACCCCACCGCCGCGAACGAGCCCUUUGAGGAGAUUCAUGAGCUUGAAGCCAAGGAUGCUCGCCAGGUCUUCGCGCAAAAUGAGCCCUUCGAAAACAUCACCGAACACGAAGCCAGCGCGAUCAAAGCAGAGGAGCAGAUUGACAUCUACGUUGCGCGCAAGGCCAUCUCAGGCCUCAUGCGAGCCGCCGAAGAGGUCAUGGAGUCAACCAAGGAAACGCUCACAAGCGCUAAGGACGCUGCCUUCAACAGGAUACGCUCGCUCCGCACAGUCUACACUUUCCACGGCAUGGAGUGGGCGUACGUGCCAACCCCAGAGGAGGCAAAGUGCGAGUGCUACUGGCACGGGGACGGUUGGAAGUUCUGCUCUGUCCGAGACGGCGUCAAGCCCUUCAGCCCUCACUACUCGGACAAGUGCAAAGAGUUGGGACUGUCUACCGGAAUGUGA